AUGGUUGCUGUCGUGGAGCUUUUUCCAAUCAUGGUCUCAUUAACUCUUUGCCACAGCGAAGUGGACUUCUUAGAUUCGGCAACCCAGGUCCAUGAAUAUGACCCUCUUUUCUUCUCUAGAAAGAGGCUCAAGGUAUUAAGUUCUGCACGCAGUUAUUUAGCGUCGCAUAAUUGCUCAGACAAUCACGACGACAGUGCCUCUUCCUUGGAGCUGAGCCAUGGUUGCUUGAAUAAUGCUCCUGUUUCUUCAUCUUGCUGCAAUUGUCACAAACCAUUUGGUUCACAAUUUGUGGCAGAGGUGGGUUGUCAGUCAAAUGGCGACAAUGGCCAUAUAUCCCAACCUUCCGAAGUUGGUGGGAGUUCAUGCAGUGAUAAGGGUUAUACUGGGUAUGCUGUGCCCGCAUUUGUUGGUGGAUGGAUGUAUGUCAAUCAAGAUGGGCAAAUGUGUGGCCCAUACAUUCAGGAGCAGUUGUAUGAGGGCUUAUCUACUGGUUUCCUUCCAGACGAGCUUCCUGUGUAUCCCAUCUUGAACGGGACUCUAAUCAACCCUGUGCCAUUGAAGUACUUUAAGCAGUUUCCAGAUCAUGUUGCUACGGGCUUUGCAUAUUUUACGGCAGCUGUCUCUGGCAUAAAGGGGCCUGUCAAUUGUUUUACAAGUUCUGGUAGGGAGUUGACUACAAAUAGGCAAGAGUUUGCUACCGAUAUUGCUCAGUCUAACUCACAGCUGGCAUUCCAAUCAUGCUCCAACUACCAAAGUUUUAGCGCCAACCAGCAGAUGGCUAACUCUGAAGUAGGUAGCUCGACUGCAACAUAUCUGCCACCGAUGGGUGAUGAACCCUGUUGGCUAUUUGAGGAUGAUGAGGGGAGGAAACAUGGGCCUCAUUCUCUUCUAGAACUUUCCUCUUGGUGUCACUGUGGUUAUCUUUGUGAUUCUGUAUUGAUAUAUCAUGCUGAUAAUAAGAUUAAGCCCUUUAUUUUGCAAUCAGUAAUAAAUGCUUGGCGAGCAGCGGGAACUGGACCUAUUCAUCUAUCUGAUGCUAAAGGCAACGAGUCUGGCUCUUUAUCAAACUUCAUAUCUGAAAUUUCAGAAGAAGUUUGCUCCCAACUCUACUAUGGAAUCAUGAAAGCGGCUCGCAGAGUUGUGCUAGAUGAGGUUAUUAGCCACAUAAUCACAGAGUAUGUUGCCACAAAGAAAGCUCAAAAACACGUUAAGUUUGAAGCGGUCAAUCAGACUGUCAAAACUUUCUCUUUAAAUGACAGAACGUCUGAAACAGGUUGUGACAGGAAGGACUAUGUUGCUUGUGGGAGUGAAGCAGCGGUAUGUAGUAAUGUUUCUGACCGGAAAUCUCCUACUAAUGGAAGUCCUACGAAGUCUCCAGCAAGGAUGAAAUCUGUUGGAAGCUUUGAGAAAUUUUGGGGUUCAUAUAUAGUGGUUUGCAGAAUGGUUUUUGAUUCCUGCAUGCAAGUACUGUGGAAUGCUGUCUUUUAUGAUCCUGUAGUUGGGUAUUCUUCUGCUUGGAGAAAGAGGAAACGUUGGUCUGGUCUUGAGGCUACCAUUGAACAGAGCAUGCAGUUCAAGGGAUACCUUGGGAAGAUUGAAAAGCUACGUCCCAAAGUACUUUGUUCAGAACAAGAACCUUCUGUUUGUGAGGCUGAUUGCCCCCCUGGUUUUGAAGUGGUGAGAAUAUCGCCAGAGUUCUUUCCUCAGUCAUCUUUGGUUUCUUCAUCUAUGCUUGAGGCAGAAAAUUCGGUACAAAGGAACCCGUUAAACACUGAUCAAACUUAUGAUCACUUCGAACACAUCCUGGAAAGUGUGGAGAAUGAGCUCCAAUUUUCUACGAGGGUGUCUUUGGUUCUGUAUUUUGAAAGCUUUGUGGAUGAAGAGGUUAGGCAAUUAGUUGAUUCGCUAGAAGAUGGCCAGGCGAAUGAGAUUGCCAGUAAUUCCUCUAUUCAGAACAGUGACUUGAACGGAUGUUGCGUACCUGAUACUUUGCCUGGUCCAACGAUGAUAUCAUCAGAUGAUUUCUGGGCGCCAUCUCCAGCAGCAAAACCAUUUUGUCAGGCUACUGCUUUUGCAUAUGAGAAAUCUACGUCUAAUUAUUUCUCAAGGGCAUUUCAGAAAUUUUGUACGCACUUAAAUGAUGUGGUUAGUGAUCAAGAUGUUGAUGAACUGCUUCCACCUGGAUUUGAGGACAACUCUAGACCCCUUGUUCUUUCAGAUGUUUGUAACUUUAUACCCUCCAGGUCAGAGGAGUUUAUUCCAAAGGUAGGGGUUUAUGCUGCAUCAGCGAUGUGCCGACAGAAGUUACACAAUGAUGUGCUCAGAGAGUUGAAAUCUUUGUUUGUUGAUGAUGCUUUUCAAGGUUUUCUAAUUUCAUGGUGUUCUUCAAAGGAAUGCUUUAGCUCUGAUGCUCAUGAGGGGGGAGUAACUAUGAAAAAUGUCGAGAAACUUGAUCAUUCUCUUGUUGCAUUUGACAAACUUAAGGAAAGAUCAAGAAAGGGUCAUAGUUCAGGACAGUCUGAGGGAUCCUUGGUGACUGGGAAAUAUACAUAUUAUCGCAAGAAGAAAUUGGGGAGGAGAAAGUUGGUCUCUUUUUCGCACUCUGGUAAAUCUGGAGACAUUGGAUUACAGAAGCAAUCUGUUGAGAAGUCAAGGAAACAGGAUAUUUCUGCAGAUGUGUCUAAGAUUGCAGAACUUGAAACUGCGGUUGUGAAUAUUAAAAAAAGUGUGCUAGAUAAUUGCCAGACUGGAUCAUCUUUUGAUGCUAAUUUGCAUGAAGCUCCUUUUCCAUCUCUUACUGAUACUUGUCAGAAAUUAAUGAAGGUUGCUCAUGUAGUUCAAGAUAAUGCGCUCAGCGGAGAUGUUUCAAGAUGUAGCACAAAGAAUGUCUCAGUUUUCACAGAGAAUUCUAGUAAAGUUGAGGGUAUCACUAGUGGCAAGGGCACUGAUGACGUAAUUCAGGAAGUGCAUGCUGGUGAUCGCUCCAAAAAGAUACCAAAUCCAACCAAGUCAUUGAAACAGAAGAGGAAGUAUUCACUGGAUGAUAUGCCACCAUCACGUUCUAGAAAAGUCCUGAAACUAGCAAAUGGUGCUGUCAAGCAAGCGGCAUGUAAACAAGUUGAAGCGCGGAAGAUCAAGACCAAUAAAUCAAGAGCAUCUAAACCCUGCCCCCGAGCUGAUGGAUGUGCCCGAUCUUCUAUCAAUGGGUGGGAAUGGCAUAAAUGGUCUCUAAGUGCAAGCCCUGCUGAAAGAGCUAGAAUUAGGGGAACCUGUUGUGUUCCUGCUCAAUACAUCGGAUCAGAGGUUAAUGGAUACCAGUUUUCAAAUAUUAAGGGCCUUUCUGCAAGAACAAACAGGGUUAAGUUGCGCAACCUUCUUGCUGCUGCAGAGGGUGCUGAUCUUUUAAAAGCGACUCAGUUGAAGGCAAGAAAAAAGCGCCUACGUUUUCAACGAAGCAAGAUACAUGACUGGGGUAUUGUUGCGCUGGAGUCAAUUGAGGCGGAAGAUUUUGUCAUUGAAUAUGUGGGAGAAUUAAUCCGUCCUCGAAUUUCCGAUAUACGUGAACGCCAGUAUGAGAAGAUGGGAAUUGGCAGCAGCUAUCUUUUUAGACUGGAUGAUGGUUAUGUGGUUGAUGCUACAAAGCGUGGUGGGAUUGCUAGAUUCAUAAACCAUUCGUGUGAGCCUAAUUGCUAUACCAAGGUCAUAAGUGUAGAGGGUCAGAAGAAGAUCUUCAUCUAUGCAAAACGACACAUUGCUGCUGGGGAAGAAAUUACUUACAAUUACAAGUUUCCUUUGGAGGAGAAAAAGAUCCCUUGCAAUUGUGGUUCUAGGAGGUGCCGUGGAUCAUUGAAUUAAGGAGUUUAGCAGUACCCACCCAGGUCAUCCCAUCGUGUUUCAAUCUGUGAAGUUAGCAACAAUCCAUCUCACAGAUUUAGCAAAACCAUGUGGAUUGUAUUCACACAACUUCAAAUGCCAGUGGAUCUUCGAUCUCACUUGGGAUAUUCGCACAGAUAACGUCGUAAAUCUCAUCAGAGCAUUUGGGAGUCGCACAUUGGAGUCAAAAAUACCCUUCACCGGUUUGAAACACCUUCAUUGGUAGAAGCAAGCAUGAUGAUUGGAUUUCUAAUAAUCACAAUACCUUCGGAAUUGUAUAGUUGAUUGAAAUUACCAUUUUGUAGCCACUUGAAACGCAAAAUUGACGUUCUCAAAUGGCUAUGUGUCGCUAUUCUCCAUAGGCAAGAUGAUGUUGUUACGGUGAUGUUUUCACAUGGAAUUUUUACCUACAUCUCAAAGAUGAUGAUUUUCCGUGCUUUGUCUUGUUGAUAUCUCAGUUGCAGAUGAGUUUCUUCUCUUAAAAACUGUAAAUUGCGUUUUCUUUGGCUUUAGCACAGUAGUCUAUUGUACAGACUUUCCUUAUAUAUUCAUUUUCUCUAACAUUAUAUGUAAAUUAAAUGUACCUAUUUGUCUGUCGGUAAUUUUUUCUUUUGUUGUUAGUUAACUGUCCCCUAGAGCUCAACUCUGUAUACUUGGUUUCCUGCUUGCCAGUAGUGGAACUGUCCUCCAUGAUUACCCAAUCUCUGUUCUUCCAUUGGAUGUGAAAUGGCUAAUUUUAUAUGGACUUGCGUAUCUUUUUUGUAAUCACUUAAUUGUUGAUGCAAGGCCUGGGCACACUUAAAAAAGUAUGGAGACUGUUAAUCGUCUAUACAUGAAUAGACUAAAAAAGUAUUGAGACCACGGAUCCCAGCCUAAAUAAGCAUUCAAAUCAUGACAAAGCGCCUUAAAUGCAAAAAGCAGACAUUACCUGUAAUUUUUGUAACCUCCAAAUCCAGACAACCCUUCAGCUAAAACAAAGGCCGGUAUCUAUGUAGAAACUAGGUCAGAUAAAUGUGGGUUAUCCUUUAUACUUGUUUAAAAAAAAUGAGGACAUUGGCACCUAUGCUGAAGCAAGUGGAGUGGAUCAUUCAGGGAUCAAAUAGUGGUGCCAUCCGUAGAUAGUUGAGACUAAUUUUUUAAUUGUUGAUCAGCUUCUUAAUUAUUAUCCGUUUUCUUUUUUCUUUUGUUUUAUUUCUUUUUUGGUGCAGGAGCACAUCAAGCAAUAUCUCUUAUCUAACUGCUGGGGGGGUGCAGUUAUGUGACGAGAAGUGGCAGCUAAAAAUGGACACCAAGAGCUAAAUUUGACCGAACAACCAAUCACCUUCUAAAAGAGUUCAUUUAUAUAUAAAAGGGUGUCCAUUCUAAGAGAAGAGUCGUAAUGUCUGUAACACCAAGCAGCAGCAUUGGAACCCUGUUCAGUGUAAGCAACACAGAAAAAAGAUCUGUACACGGUUUCAACCUGAGAUAUGGGCUGCCAUGGUCCAGUUGUAACAUGACACAUUGCUUUGAUGUAGAGUUUGGAUAAACAGAAGCAACCGCCGGCAACUCAUAUUUACUUUAUUUUUUCUUGGUACGAUAUAAAGCACAACUCAACAUGGCCUCUCUUGUUUGUUUAUUUAAGCUUCUGGUGGGAGGAGGAUGUAUUUGUAUUCUGUUUUUUAACUUUUGGAGAGAGAGAGAGAAAGAGAGAGA